UGGAAGAACUGCGCUCCGUCAGUGCGCCCUGCCUGCCAGGCGGAGGAUGGGGUUUUUUUUUUCUCUCUCCAUUCAUCCACGUCCCCUUUUCCCUCCUCCUCCUCCUCUCAAACAAGCCAGUCGGUCUGUCAAUGUGCUGCGAGCAUUAGGGCAAGUCAAAGCAGUGGGAUUUUGAAGCAGAGACGGAUGAGAUAACGAACGAAGCGCCGCGUCCUGCUCUCCAAACGAUGCGCAGCUUUGGCUAGAUUUUUUCUAUUAUUAUUAUCAUUCAACAGGGGACUGAUGCUCACAAGUCACAUUUUAUUCUCUUUCUGUUUUUUUAACCACUUCGCAAGUUUUACGUCGGCCUGUUUAUUAAGAGUGGAGAUGCUUUUCUAGCUCUUUUGGUUUGUUUCCUCUCAGUUUUGAUUUCUUGGAUUUAUCCUCCAUUUGGAUCUUGAUUUUUUUUUUAAUUCCACUCUUUUUGGGAAGGAUUUACAACCCUUACUCAAGCUGAAUUUUAUUAUUUUUUCUUACAAGAAGGAUUGUAAUGCGCAUUGACUGAGCCCGCCGAGCAUCAACAUGUCUUUAUGAGGAUGGAGCUGUGGACACCAAUGACAUCUUUUCCGUUUUAAAACGCUUCUCAGUUUUUUUUGGCUUCAUCUCCACCGUGUCCUUUCUAACACACUGACAAUAUUCCCUCCUCGGUCCACCCUGACAUGUUGGAAGGUAGAUAUUCUAGCGAGGAAACAAGGUAAUGGGAGAGAAAUCACACAGAGUCGGCUCAGAGAACAAGGGAACAUUGUUCGGAAAAAGACAAUUAGGGCGCACCGAAAGGCAACAGAAAUAGCUCCUGGGUGGCGAGAAUUCUCACAAAUUCUCAUUCUGUUGGAGUUAUAUUCGAGCUGAGGAGAGCUGCUUUGGAAGAAAAAAGGGACGACUAAUGACAGAUUAAUGGGAAAGUCAUGGGAUUGAAAUAGUACGAGCGUGGACGCGCAGAAAAACGGCGUUUUUUGGAGAUCCAGACGCACGGAUUGAACAAGUUUCUCCUGCACGUUUUCGCUGUUUUUCCCCGGUGUGAUCCUGUGCAAAUCGCUACAUUUCGGAUCCAUGAGGUUGUGUAGAGCAGCAGCAGGCUUCCACUUCACACUUUGACUGACUGUACCUUUGAAAAAAAGCCUGAUCGGCUGCAGUCCAUUGUUUUUGAGAGUCUCCUCGCAAACAGCGUCGGGGGAAAAAAAAACGAGCGAAUAUUGGCCGUUUCUGUUUAAAUGGGGCUGCACAUGCUGGGUGUCAGGGUUGAAAUGGCGUGUCGAGGAAGUGGGAAUGGAUUGGGGAUCCUGCUGGUAUUCUUACUGGAUUUACUGGCGACGACGGCCAGCAAUAUGGAGCCCAUCUACUGGAAUUCCCUGAACGAAAGGUUCAGGGACGACAAGGGCUACGUUCUGUACCCUCAGAUCGGGGACCGGCUGGACCUCAUCUGCCCUCCGCAGGACACCGCCAGGUCCACGCCGGAGUACGAGUUCUACAAGCUCUACCUCGUGUCGUCGCGGGAGCAGGCGGACCGCUGCGAGGUGAUGGGACCCCCCAACAUCGUGCUCACCUGCGACGAGCCCAGCCGCGAGCGCCGCUUCACCAUCAAGUUCCAGGAGUUCUCGCCCAACCUCUGGGGCCACGAGUUCAAGAGCAUGCACGACUACUACAUCAUCGCUACGUCAGAUGGGACGCGUCAAGGCCUGGAUAGCAUGAGAGGCGGAGUGUGUGCCACGCAAGGCAUGAAGGUGGUCCUGAAAGUGGGACAGAGUCCAUAUGGACUGCCUCCAAAGAAGGAGCCACCAGCGGGACGCACCACCAGCAGAAACCCAGGUGGUGCAGGAAACUCCACCCAGCCUCGAGGACCCUUCGGAGAUGAUGGCAGAGGUGAGAACGGGCCUCUCCAGCCCUCCAACAUCGCCCUCAUCGCCGGCGCCGCUGGAGGUUCUGCCUUCCUCCUGCUGGUCACCGCCGUGAUCUGCAUCGUGUGCUACCGGCGGCGGCACGCGAAGCACUCGGACACCCACCACCCUCCGCUGUCGCUGUCCUCCCUCACCAGCCCCAAGCGGGGAGGCGGCGGGGGCAUCACCAGCUCCAACAACAACGGCUCCGAGCCCAGCGACAUCAUCAUCCCUCUGCGGACGUCGGACUCGGCCUACUGCCCGCACUACGAGAAGGUGAGCGGGGACUACGGACACCCCGUCUACAUAGUCCAGGAGAUGCCUCCUCAGAGCCCGGCCAACAUCUACUACAAAGUAUGAGACGGCCGCCGCUCCGGCCGACUGGACACACCCAUCUCCCUCCACCCAUUGCCAACCGAUCCCCCUGCUCCAAAUGAAGCCACAGCAAAGCUUGCCAUCACAGCUCCAACCCUGACCCCCUCAAUACUACCAGUAUUGUCCCCUAGACCCCCACUCACCGCCCUGUGAGCCCACACCCUCGGGACACAGUCGUGUUUCUAGCUGAAUAAACCACCCCACCCCAUCCUCACACUACUGGGCCACUAAGUGUGUGUUAAGGGCAAUGUCGUAACCGUACGUAGCCCUUCUUAACAAGGCCCUCACGAAUGGGCAAGAGCCUCUGAGUGCCCCCUUCUUGUUAGCUCGGAGCUAAAUGAGCCCAACUCGUGCUGAAUUGAGAGUCAUCCCCUAAACGCCAGCGUGCUUGUGCAGCACACGCUCUUUUCAUAGGAGUACGGACCUGGCGUUGAGACUUGUGAUGUUUUAAAAAAGUUAAAAAAGAGAAAGAACUACAACUUGUAUUAAAAAAAAAAAAAGACGGAACCUACACUCCCGACCCCACUUAGCACCGGAGAACUCUGAUCCGCAGAGGCCAUACCUGCCUAGCCCACCACCCCGCCCCUCAGAGCACCAUCAGCCAACCAGAGACCGGCCCCUGCCACUAACUCAACAACAGGAUUCUAGUUUGUUUGUGUUCGUUUCUCCUGAGAAAACAGGGGCCUUGGACUCACCCAAUCAGCACGUCCGAGCGGCGGUCACAUGACCAAGCCUAGGCCUGAGGAGGUCUGACCAAUCGGUGACACUCAGAAUCUUGUAUAUUUUAAUAAUGUGUGUGUGUGUGUGUGUGUGAGUGUGCAUACGACUUGGAUAAUAAUUAUGGCGCUGCUGCUCCACAUUAGAGAUGUGUGUGCAGUUAGUGUGCUUCACUACAGCAAGUUUGCAUAAGCGUGCGUGAGGUUUAGUCUGUGUGCGUGCGUGUGUGUGUGCGUGCACGCUUUGUGUGUGAGUGAUUGUGUGUGCGUUGUUUAGACUUGUCUUAAAUACCAAAACACAAAAUAGUGAGCGAAUAUCAAAAAAGUGAGAUUUUUUAUCGCUAUCAACACUUAUAGAUUAUAUAUAUGAAUAUCCAGUAAAUAAUUUCUAGGUGUUUUUUUUCUGUUUUCUAUUGUUUUAUUAUUUUUACCCACUCUGUUAAACUACACUUCUGUUGCUAGACAUUUUUUAUCUGCUGGUUUUUUUUUUUGUUUGUUUUUCACACCUUUAGAAUGACCUUGUUUCCCUCCCGUUCCCUUUUCGUUGUAUAUUAAUUUAAUCCCUUUUUAAAAAUUUUUUUUCCCGGCGAACAGAGGUUGUUUCUCUCUUCCUCUCUUCCCUCUCUCUCAUUCACUCCCUCCUUCCCUCCCUCCUCCUCCCCCACCUCCCCUCCCCACUAGGGUCUCUGAACUCUGUGUAUAUUUUUAUAGCUCCUUGUACUAUGCCGUAGUUUUGAAGUUUAGACCUCGUUUGUGGAAGUGUUAAGGUAGAACCAUCUAUGAAAGUUCUUUUUUUUGUUUUGUUUUUUUCAAACGCUUUUUUCUCUUUUUUUUGAAACGCAGAAAUGAAAAGAAGUUACGGGUGGGGGAGAGGUAGUGACGGUGGGGUAGGGGAGGCGAGGGGAUGAAAUGAAAAAAGAAGAAUAAAGGAAAAAGGGCAAGAGAGAGUGCUGUCUGGGGAGGAGGAAUAAAGCGGCGUCUGAAUGCAGAACUUUAAAAAAAAACGGAGAGGGAGGGAGACGAAGGAAAGAAAAGACUGUGAAGGAAUUGCACACUAAAGGAAAGAAGCUGAGGGGAGGGGAGGAUGGGAGCGGCAGAAACGAGAGACGAAGGAAGGAAGGAAGGAAGGAAGGAAGGAAGGGAGGAUGGAGAGAGAGCAGAUGAAAGAGUGGCUGGCGAAGAGGAGAAACCCUCUUCUUUGACCGGAGCGUCUCCUGAACGGAGGUGAUGGACCGACAGCCUAAACGGAUUUCUGGAGGAGCUGAACUCUAACCACGGGACGGAGAGAUUUCAUCACACACUCUCUCACACGCAUCUACUGUGACUCGGUCACACUUUACGUUAACGUGAGGUGGCACAUUUCAGAUUUGUUCCUCUUUUCCGCCAAAAUUUGUGUUGAAACGCAUCUCUGUGUAUCUCACACACACACACACACACACACACACUCUCUUUUAUUACGCACACGGUACGCUGCUAGCUACGGACACACACGAGAGAAAUCCCCCUCAGCAGUCAGUACUUUCUCUCUGUUCGACACACACACACACUCUCCCACACAUCUUAACACAAAUUUCACACCUUUUAAUGACUGUCACAAAUGCCUACUGAUUGCAUUAAAUGACAUACAUUCUCUCUCACUCUCGCUCCCGCAAACACACUCGCUGAUUACUUUCAUAUGACUCUGUAUUUCUGUGAUUAAGACUAACCCAAUGGACAUGAGGGGAUGAAAAGAGUGACUGUGUGCGACGUGUUUUCUCCUCUCUUUCCCAUACUCCCACGCCCUCACACACACACACACACACACACACACAGACACACACAUUCUCUCUCACAAACACACUAGUGCCCGGCACCUCAACCUCGGAGGGCAAUAACACAUCGCUGUGUUCAGAGGUGCAAUAUGUUCACAUGUGCAUACUAAUAAAGCUGUUUUGUGUUGCUCAAACAUGUUUAUGGCUUAUGUGUAAACUGGGUGGCAGUGGCGAGCUUCUACUUU